AUGGCGGUGGUGCUCGCGUGGCUCAACGCCAGGGUCGUCGACCCCCUGCUGCAGGUGAUCCAGAGGGGCGCGGAGCCGAAGCAGCUCGCCUUCUCCGCCGCGCUCGGCGUCACCAUCGGGGUCUUCCCCAUCUGCGGGACCACUGUUAUUAUCGGUGGACUUGCUGUGGCCAUGUUAGGAGCUCGUUGCAAUGCCGUUACUGUCAUGGUUCUCAAUUUAGCUGCCACUCCUCUUGAGCUAAGCUUGAUCAUUCCUUUCUUGCGUUUGGGAGAAAUAGUCACGGGCGGUGAGCACUUCCCCUUGACAUCUGAUGCAUUCAAGAUGGUCCUCACUGGCCACGCCUCAAAGGACGUGCUACUCAGCAUUUUUCAUGCGAUUCUUGGCUGGAUUGUUGCUGCACCGUUUGUGAUGGCUGGGCUGUACACCUUGUCCGUCCCUUGUUUCAAGUACCUGGUCGGCAGGUUUGGCGUCAUCCCUUCGAGCCCCAGGACGCCGAUGAAAGCGGUUUUGCUUUGCCCGAAUGAAUCUGAAUCCGAAUCCGAAAAUGGGGCAGUACCGUUGCUCGUCCACGCCGACUGA